CGCUUGUCCCCUUGACUCCUCCAACGCGAUUUCCACUUACCCGAAGGUAAGAACGCUCAAAGGAGGCAUGUAAGAAUGGAGCCUAACACAUCGAAUAAACCGUAUUUGAAUCUGAAACUUCUCGGUGAGUAUGUGUCCCGUGAACGUACUAGCGACACUAUUUCCUCUGUGUCUAUAUUGGGUAAACGGGUCGUCCGACAAUACGCAAGCGAAUUUAUUCUACCUGAUGAUACUCAAGUGGCUGUCAGUCGUCACGAAUGCAUACAACAACCAGAUGGCGAGGAGGAAGUUACUUUGUGUUUAUCCAUAGGCUUCCCAAAGAGUACACUGCAUCUGACCAAUACACAAGCCCGCGUCGAAAAGCAGGCGAACGAUUCUGGGGCAGUGACCAGCAUGUCUGGUGCAAGUUCCGAGGAACUAGACACUGGAUCAUUCUUGGACACCGAUCCAGAGAAUGAUGCUGCGAAGAAAACAGAUGAUCACGCAAAGAGCGUAGCCCUCGAAAAUUCAGAACGUGUGCUCAACCUCGAUCAAAGCACUGUUGUCACGGACACAACGGUCGCCGACACUGUGCAGAAUAUUGAAUCACUGUGCCGUUGA